CGUCGUUGCUGUUCGGCUUCGUUGCUUAGAAGUGGUGAUUGCACGAAUCACUUAUUCGGCUCCUUCAUUGUUGUUCGACUUCGCUCCUUCGACGACGUUCCCUUCAUGUCGGAUCAGAACUUACUAUAUUUUGAUAUGAAGCAAUGACGCGAGCUUAGGUCGCGUGUUGACGGGAGCUUGCUCUUGCUCGUUGCCAAGCAUAGAAGGGUGAUCUGGUGAGAAAUAUAGAGGAACUUUACAAUGGCUCAGUCGGGAAGCAAUCCCGUCGGUGUUGACAACACUUUUAGAAGAAAAUUCAACAGAGAAGAAUAUUUGGAACGAGCUCGUGAAAGAGAGCAACAGGAAGAGGAGGCUCGAAAUAAGCCUAAAGGAAAAGCUCCUCCAGUCCAACGAAAGCCUUUAAAACACCGAGAUUAUGAGGUUGACCUUGAGUCACGGCUUGGGAAGACUCAGGUUGUUACUCCAAUUGCACCAUUAAGUCAGCAGGCUGGUUACUACUGUUCAGUUUGUGAGUGUGUGGUGAAGGAUUCAGCUAACUACUUGGACCAUAUUAAUGGAAAGAAACAUCAGAGGGCUUUGGGUAUGUCAAUGAGAGUGGAGCGUGCAUCUCUUCAACAGGUGCAAGAUCGGUUUGAUAAGCUUAAGAAGCAGAAAGUAGCUGGUAGCUUUUCUGAGCAAGAUCUGGAUGAUAGGAUAAUGAAACAGCAGCAGGAGGAAGAAGAGCGCAAGCGGCAACGUCGAGAGCGGAAGAAAGAAAAGAAGAAGGAGAAGGCUCCUGAGGAAGAGCCUGAGAUUGAUCCAGAUGUGGCAGCCAUGAUGGGAUUUGGAGGUUUCCGAUCAUCGUCGAAGAAAUGAUAUGAUCUUGGAACCAAUUUAUUGUAGAUAUUUCUCCAUCUCCUGCAACUCAAGCUCAAACCCAGCAUAGAAGUUCUAGGAAGAGAAGAGAAAAAAAUCAUUUUUGAAUGGCUCUUCAGAUUGAUCUUAUAGUGUUAAGAAAGCCAAUGCAUUUCUGUUCCUGAUGAUAUUCAGUGGUCGCUUUGCCUUCACAAACAUGGUUUACAAAGCAUCAGAAUUUUGUCUGUUUGGUGGUGCCAAUUAGGAAGGUUUGUCUGUAUGGUUAUAUUUAUUGUGUGCGAUCUUUGUUCUAAAUACUGAUUACUUUGUUUCAUGUCAUUAUUCUUAAAAAACGAAAGAACAUAUUCUGAUUAAAACUUUAUUGUGAUAGUUUUAUAGCCACUAAUUAAUGUUAUAAUUUUUCGAUAA